CCCCAAACAGCGAUUUUUAAUUCGUUUUCAUUUAUAUCUCACGACGCUUGCUUUGAAUGAAAAACGGUUACGGACACCGUCCCAGCAGUUGUAAUAAACAUAAAGCGAAGAUUUUUUUUUAGAUUAAGAGUUGUGCAAGCACGGUAAGUUUCAGUGAAUAACAAAACCAAGCUGACUAAAAGCUUACUUAUAAGUUGUAAGAAACAUUGUAAAGAUGGAGUCUAAAAUACCUAAGCCAUCGUUGAUUAAAAAACCUACGGGAAUACCUAGUUUAUCAGGAAAUGGUCGUCUACCGUUGUCAGAUUUGUUAAAUGUACCUGCGGAAUUGGAUUUUAAUGGAAAACGGGUUGCCUCGCCAGAGCUUGUACGAGUUGGUCUACCUCGAACAAAGUUACGGAGAAGUCGAUCAGCAUGCGAUCUUAGCAGGCCAACUUUUCACAGACCGAAAUUCGUCCCAAGUUUGGAAAAAAUUCCAUCCAAUAAAUCAAACAUAACUGCAGCUACUGUGUCGCAAAUGGUCAAAAAUAAUCUAGUUAAACAGGUUCAGAAGCCACACCUACGGAGAAGUCUUUCGACCGGAGAUUUGUCGACAAAGUCAGUGUCCAGUUGUAGCUCCACACAGCAAACUAGUUUCAAACGACAGUUAUCAACUGUUAGUAAUACAAUUCCGGCAAAGGUUACUAAGGUAACUGCUUCGAGUGCUGCGACAGGCAAGGCAUUUGGUUCCACGUCUGUCAGAACUGCCCCCACGGCCAGAAAGCCGCCAAUGACGAACAAACCGAAUAUCGGUCUGGCAAAAUCAUCGUCGAUAAAUUCUAGCGUGUCUAGUGAAAACAAAUCUAUUCCUUCAAAUGGCGGAGCGGGAAAAAAGAACAUACGGCAAAGAAUUCCAGCAUACGAUUUUAAAGCCCGCUAUUACGACCUGCUCGAGAAACAUCAACAGUUGAAAAGUAAAAUGGAAAAAUUGCUCCAAGCUAACAGCGAAUUAGAAACUCUUCCGCAAAAGUACGACGACUGUCUAGACGAGUUAAACAAACUCAAGAAAGAACAUGAGCAGUUGCAAGAAAGUAAUCGCUUCGCAUUAUCUGACAAUGAAAACUUGAAACUUAAAAAUGCAUCGCUCUCAUCAAGUCUUAGUGAAACCGAAUCUGAGUUACGGGCCCUGAAAAAACAAUACAUUUUAGCUGAUGAAGAAAGAUUGAAACUACGUGAAAUGGUAAAAAAUCUACAGGAAAAAUCAUCGCAGCUCGAAGAAAGAAAUCAGUUCCUCCAGCAGGACAACGACCGAAAGUCGGAGUUGCUGUUCAAAGCGAACAUCGAACGGAAAGAUUUGCACAAUGCUGUGAUGGAUUUGAGAGGCAACAUUCGGGUAUUCUGUCGAGUACGACCCCCGUUGGAGUCGGAGCUAGAACGACUGGAGUGUGGUUGGAAAUAUCUGGACGAGCAAUCACUGGAAGUUUACGCUACCGACGGCAGUUGCAAACGAAUGGAGUUCUCCUUCGACCAUGUGUUCCACCCGAGAACGAUGCAGGAGGAUAUCUUCGAGAAUGUGGCACCGCUCAUUCAGUCCGCUUUGGACGGAUACAAUGUGUGCAUAUUCGCCUAUGGACAAACCGGCAGUGGGAAAACUUAUACCAUGGAUGGUGUGCCGGAGGAGAUGGGCGUUAUUCCAAGGACGGUGGACUUGAUUUUCAACUCGAUUGAGGACUAUAAACGACUUGGCUGGGAGUACGAGAUUCGAGUUAAUUUUCUUGAAAUCUACAACGAAAUCUUGUACGAUCUGCUUGACUCUUCGGGUACCACGAAAGACUUGGAAAUCCGCAUGGCCAAUGCAAAAAAUAAAACCGAAGUGUACGUGUCGAACAUAAUCGAGGAAACGGUACAGUCGAAGAACCAGCUGCGGCAACUGAUGGUAACUGCUAAGUCGAACCGCGCGACGGCGGCCACUGUCGGGAAUGAGCGUUCGUCUCGAUCACACGCUGUCACGAAACUGCAGCUAAUCGGAACACACGCGGAGAAGGGUGAACUAAGCGUCGGAUCGGUUAAUCUGGUAGAUUUAGCUGGAUCCGAAAGUCCGAAGACUAGCACCCGAAUGGAUGAAACCAAGAACAUCAAUCGAUCGUUGAGUGAGCUGAGCAACGUCAUUCUGGCAUUGGUGCAGAAACACGAACACAUUCCCUAUCGGAACUCGAAGCUUACGCACCUGCUUAUGCCCAGCCUUGGCGGAAAUUCGAAAACGCUUAUGUUUGUGAAUGUUGCGCCGUUCCAGGAUUGCUACAACGAAACCAUCAAAUCGCUUCGGUUCGCAUCGCAGGUGAAUGCGUGUAAGCUUCAGAAGGUUCGCAAAAACAAAAUUCUCAACAAUUCCAGUGUGUUCUAGACCGGGAAUGGUUUUCAGUUUAAGGCAGUCCUCAUUCAGUUUUAUAAAAACAUUUGUUCAAGUUGUAAGUUAAAUCUAUGUAUCGACGUUUACACUUUAUUUCUGCGACUCUAUUUUAACCAAAACCAAAACUUCAAGACUUUCAUAUUAAUGAUUCAAUAAAUGUGUACCCGUAUGGCCAACAGCCUGCACGAAA